AACCAAACACCCCAAUCUCAAUCUGAGACCUCUCAAAAGAAAAAAUUCUCAAUCUGAGAGGAUUAUCCCCAAUCGAAACCCUAGUCGUCUUCCUCCGGCGGCCGCUCUCAUGGCGUCCAAGGCGCUUCUUCCUCGGGAGUGCCUCCCCCGGCGCAGUCCCCGCGGCGGCUUGGAGCCGAUUACAGUCUACGUCCGCGUCGACGAGGAGGGGAACUAUGACCCGAGGUACAUCUCCGCCAAAGUUGGGCGAGUGUUCCGAGAUCUCCAGGAUCUUAAACAAGCAGUCCGUACAUUCUACACCAGCCUCUACAUCGCCCGUCACCUCCUAAAGAGGCCUCUGGCUCCGCCGCCGUCUCCGACUUCGAGUUCGUGGUGGAACCUGCAGCAGAUGUGUCGUCCCUCAAGGCUAGUACAUCAUUGGAGGAGAAAUCGUCCGGUUCCGACAAGGUUCCUGAUGAGAAGCCUGCAGAGGUGUCUUCCCUCAAGGACUCGCUCAAGGCUACAACAUUGGAGGAGAAAUUGUCUUCCUCUUCCUCUGGGCAGCAGCCGGAUCAGGACACGGUUAUGGCCUCAACACCAUCAGGGAACUGCCUUGCCUCACCUUCUGGACCAGGCAUUUGGCAACGAGAACGACAGGACUGGGGUUUCGGAUAUUACAUCAGGCUUGAUCUUAAGGGAUCUUUCCACACAUAUCCGAAUGCAGGCGGGCCGUUUAAGAGCUUAGAGGAAGUCGAUAAGGCUAUGGAUCGCUAUUUUCAUCAACACCGGGAUCCAAAGCUGUCUUGUUCUUGUUGCUCACCAGUCUGCAACAUUCUGUCCAAACUAGUGCAUCGUAGUCCUACUGAUAACAUUAACUUUUGUACAGUAUAACUUACUAUUGUCCACUUCUGAGAAAGUGCAAGCUACUAACCAUAUACAAUGCUCUGAUCUAAAUUAGGCUAAUGAAUAAAGGUGGGGUUCCGUCACGAGAGAUUUCUAUAGAAAAAGCUCGUUAUUGGCCUGAUGGCAGAAGGAAGAAGCUUUCCAGAUCCUAUAUCAUCAAGCAGUUCCAUAAUCAAAUGCGCCGAUUACUUCAAGCUUUGGUGGACAAGCAUAAUGAGGAUCACAGCCUUUCGGGGGAUCUUGCAUAUGAACUCAAAGAUGUUUUGCACGCCACAACAAUUUGUGAGGGGCGUACUACAUGCUACUAUCAUCUCAAUUUCACGGUGACUAAAGGAGCUGGUGAUUCUAACUCUGGCAUUGAAAACCUUUUCUUUGCGGAAGUCAAAUGUGUGCUACAAGGAAAAGAAGAGGAAUUUUCGGUCACCUGUUUCUGCCCGGUUGAAUCUACCGAUAAUGGAUACUGCUAUGGUUGUACCAUGCAUAGGGAUGUCAAUAUGAAGCACCCCAUCAGUGCCGAUGCAUACCUUGCCGGUCAGGUGAAGGCGGGAUAUUAUUGUUAUGAAGGCUGCAGCAGCGACUCAGACGACGAAAAUAUGGAAGCUAAGAAAGAAAAGGACGGUUGCUGAUAGAACGUGUAGGAAGAUGUUGACGGCGGCCUCCAACUAUGAGGGCUUUUGAUGCCGACAACAUGACUUUUGACGACGCCGGCGACUAAGAGGCCAGAGGGCAGGCAAGCCAACAUGGAAGGGGACAAGUGGCCGGGUCCAACAAGUUCAAGACCCAAGCAGCUUUGCUGGCUCUUUACUUCUGUUGGCUUAGUCGACGGGUUGACUAUCUUGUAAGCUUGGUUGUAGUGAAUGUUGCGCCUGCUUACCGUAAAUAAGUAUAGAUUGUAUGUUAAGUAUGUUAAGUAUGCAGUACUAUGUUAAGUAUGCAAUACUUCUAUACAUGACUAAAUAAUCAUAGAUUAUUGUUGACUUUGCAUACUUCUACA